AUAUAUGCAUAUGAAUAUCUUUCAACCUAUAUAUAAUUUCAAUCUGUAGCUGUAGCUCAACUUUUUUUCACUUAAUUUCUCAUCACUUACUGUUCCUGCAGAUAUCCAUCCAUCAUGCCUAAUUAUUACAAUCCCUUCAUUAAUCGGCCACUACUAUUCCUUGUAAUAAUUCUUUGCAGCCUUUUCAUCUUGUCCGAGUCUCAAUCCUUUGUGUAUAAUGGAUUCAACAACUCCAAUCUUGUUCGAGCCGGAGCCACUAUAAUCAAACCAUCCGGAGCUCUCCGCCUUACCAACAACUCCCAUAACGUUAUUGGCCAUGCAUUUCAUCCCACUCCAAUUCCCAUAUUCUUCAAUAAUGCCUCUUCUUUCACCACAUAUUUUGUCUUCCAAAUCGUACCUUCUACCUUAAAUACUGAUGGAGGUUUUGGCCUCGCUUUUACUCUCUCUCCCUCUCCACAAUUCCCUGGUGCUGCCCCCGGCCACUUAUUGGGAAUCUUCAACCCAUCCAAUAAUGGCAACCCAUCAAACCAUAUUUUCGCCGUGGAGUUCGACACCGUGGAUGGCCACAAUGAGACAUCAGACACUUACGGCAAUCAUAUCGGAAUCAACAUCAAUGGAAUGAAUUCCACGGCUUCUGAUUCGGCAACUUAUUACGUUGAUGGGACUCAUAACCGCAAGGAGGAAGUUUGGUUGGAGAAGGAAGGGCCAAUCCAGGCAUGGAUUGACUAUGAUGGAGUGAAGAAAGUUGUGAAUGUAACAAUUUGUCCCUUGAGAGUUGCUAAGCCUGUUAGACCCUUGCUGUCUGAGCCUAUUGAUCUAUCACUUUAUCUUGAGAAAAACAUGUAUGCUGGAUUCUCUGCAGCCACCGGAGAAAAAUCCAGCUCCCAUUACAUUCUGGGAUGGAGUUUUCGGCUUAACGGGAUAGCUGAUCCACUUGAUCCAUCUCAGCUUCCUGUUGUGCCAGUUGAGAAAUCAUCUCGCUCCACUAAUAAAGUGAAAAAAGUACUUAUUGCGACAUUUUCUGUUGUGGUUUUCAUCUUGUUAGGAGCAUUGGUAAGUUUACUGUUUUAUCGAAGAGUAAUUAUGAAGUUUGAGUUGCUGGAGGACUGGGAAUUGGAUUGUCCUCGCAGGUUCGGGUAUAAGGAUCUGCACAAAGCAACCAAGGGAUUUAAAGAAAGCGAGAAGAUUGGAGCAGGAGGAUUUGGAUCAGUUUACAAGGGUGUCUUACCAGCCACUGGGGUUGAAGUUGCAGUGAAAAAGAUCAUGUCCAACAAUCCACUGCAAGGGAUGAGGGAAUUCGCAGCAGAAAUUGAGAGCCUAGGAAGAUUAAGGCACAAGAACUUGGUGAAUCUUCAAGGAUGGUGUAAGCACAAAAAUGGCCUUCUCCUAGUCUAUGACUACGUCUCAAACGGAAGUCUUGAUUCGUUGCUCUACAAUUCCAAGAACGGCAAUUACUUGACCUGGGAGCAAAGAUUCAACAUAGUCAAAGGCGUUGCAUCUGGCUUAUUGUACUUACAUGAGGAGUGGGAGCAAGUUGUGAUCCAUCGGGAUGUGAAAUCGAGCAACGUAUUGAUAGACCAUGACAUGAAUGCAAGGCUAGGAGAUUUCGGGCUGGCAAGGUUGUAUGACCAUGGGAAAAACUCACACACGACUCACGUUGUGGGCACAAUAGGUUACAUUGCACCAGAAUUGACUCGAACGGGGAAGGCUUCAAAGAGCAGCGAUGUCUUUGCUUAUGGGAUUCUGCUUCUUGAGGUGGCCUGUGGGAGGCCACCCAUCAAGUAUGAACUAGACCGGAAUGUUAUAUUGGUGGAUUGGGUGUUGGAGUGUAUGAAAAUGGGAAACAUUUUUGAAGCUGUUGAUGCUAAACUGAAUUCCAUGUAUGUAACUGAAGAGAUGGAAUUAGUGUUGGGACUUGGGCUUCUUUGUUCACAUCCAAAGCCAGAAGCCAGACCUACUAUGAGACAGGUGGUGAAGUAUCUGAAUGCGGAUGAAAUGCUGCCAAUGCUUGAUAAAUUAAGCCCAGCUGGUUCAAGGAGAGCUGAUGAGAUUACUUCAAGAUUCCUGGCAUUAGGUUUGACUGAUAGUAUUACAACUACAACGUCGUACCAUUCCAGUUCUAUAGGGAUGAUUUCUUGCAGUUCAUUUGACUCUGGUAGAUGAAGAUUUAGGCUCAACAGUUAUGCUGUAGGUUUUAGCUAGUUUAUCAAGAACAUGGGAAUCAGCUGAUAUUCAAAUUUAUUUUAUGUGUAUGUACUAUGUACAAUUCUUAAUUAUAUAUAGUAACACAUCUGGUUCUUUACCUAA